AUGUCAGCUCAUAUUGCUCGUCGUUUAGUUAUUUUGGGUGCACCUGGUUCAGGCAAGGGUACAAUUGCUAGUCGAAUUGUAAAAACCUAUGGUAUGCCUCAUAUUGUUGUUGGUGAUUUACUUCGUCAACAUAUUCAACGCAAAUCUGAGGAAAGUAAAAUAAUCAAAGAACAUAUCGAUAAAGGUCUCCUUUUACCAGAUGAACUUGUAUUGAAAUUUGUUGUUGGCGAACUUCAAAAAAUUCGUGACAAAGGAUUUUUACUCGAUGGUUAUCCACGAACAUUAAAUCAAGCCCAAUCAUUACAUAAAGAAUUGAGUGUUGAUCAUGUUGUUGCACUCAAUGUGCCAUUCGAUGAAAUUAUUAAUCGCUUAAAAGAUAGAUGGGUUCAUGCACCAAGUGGACGUGUUUAUAAUCUCUUAUGGAAUCCACCUAAAGUUGCUGGCAAAGAUGAUAACACAGGUGAACCAUUAACACAACGUGAAGAUGACAAGCCUGCUGUUAUUCGUAGUCGUUUAGAAACCUAUGAUAAAAAUACAAAUCCAAUUACAGCUUUCUACAAAAAAAUGCAUGUUCUUCAAGAAUUUCAUGGACGUGAGAGUGAUAAAAUAUGGCCGGAAGUUAAAAAAUAUCUUGAUCGCGUUCUUAAUGAACCAAUAACACGCAAACAAGGUGCCUAA